UUUACCAAGUGGAUCAGCUUCUCUUGUUAUCCAGCUGCCUCCAUCCAAAGAUAGAAAGCCACUCACCUAUCUGCACAGCUUUCCCUUCCUCUGUAUUUGCAUGUGUGUUCCCUUUCCUCUCUCAUGUUCCUCCUUCCCCUGAGGGCAGCAGGCUGCAGGGGGAGGAGGAGGAGGAGGAGGUGAGGGGUCCCACGUUGUGGACUUUGGACCUCCAUGUUCUUCUCCACAAAGCAGCUGACAGCAGGGGAGGGAUUUUCAGCAGAAAACAUGAGGUGGUUUAGAACAGGGGUCUCCAACCUUGACAACUUUAUGACUUGUGGACUUCAAUACCCAGAAUUCAACUUCAACUCAGCAUGGCUGGCUGAGGAAUUCUGGGAGUUGAAGUCCAAGGUUGGAGACCCCUGGUUUAGAGGAUGGGGAGAACCUGAGUGGCCUCCUUGGAAAGAGGACCAGUCGGGUGGGCUGAGGAGGCGCUCAGGACAGUCCAAGGAGGAGUUCCCAGGUUCAGCGAUGGAAGCUCAGCCUGGACGUGGCCAGGCGCCUGAGCCGACUCUUAAACAGAAAAGAGCAAGAAGAGGCACGUACAACUUCGUCUUAAUCAUCCUGAGAUUUCUUCAGAUCUUCUCGACUUCCUCCUGCGAAGAGGAAGCAAAGCCACCCUGAAAGAGGAACUCUCUUGGUUCCUUCUGUCCCACCUGAGCCACUGGUCACGAAAAAAAAACCAGAGAAAGCAUGUGGCAGCUUUGGAUCAUGGCCUUCUUUCCUCUCGCAGCCCUCCAAGGGGUGGAUCAUGACUCCAAAGACUCCAAGGGGUCUCAGCAAGAAUUUCGAGACGGGCUCAGCAGAAGCAACAAGAUGAUGCCAGAGAAUGAGACAAGCGCCCCUUGGAGAUCAGCCUGGGUGGUCAGCACAACCGGCCCUCUCCUGACUGGGCAAAGCAGCCCUGACUACAAAGCCAGGAGGCUGGCGGCCCCCACCAUCAUCGUCCAGGCCCAGAACGGGACCUGCCAGGUCCUCCUGAGCUGUGCUGGGCCAGAAGAAGAAGCAGGCCACCUGAAUUUCACCUGGCUCCAGGUCAAUGGCAGCGAGGUUCUCUCCACGGCGCAGACAUUGCAGAUCUCCCAGAAGCCUCAGCAGGGCAUCCCAGACUAUAUCUGCACUGUUCGCAACCAGGCGGGUGAAAGUUCCAGUGUGAUUUCGCUGAAGGAGCAUUGCCAGGAUCCAUCUAUCCCCAGCAAAUACCUCUCGGCAUCUUUUUAUGCUAAAUAUAUCGUCCCGCUUUUGAUUGUUCUUGUGAUCUUGCUGGUCCUCUUCUUAAUGUACAGACGAAAAAGAGGAAGAGAAAUCCACAGCAGCAUGGAGUCCAUCAAUGAAUCUUCAGACUCCGACAACGAGGUGCCUCCUUCGGUGGAACAGAUGGCAGAGGUCAGCUUCCUUCCUGAGGGCAUUAAACCUUUCUCUCAGGACAACACGUCCACUGCAGGAGCAGAAUCGACCAUCAGCAACCAGGAAAACGCCUCCGAUACACGGAAGCAACUUCCAACUCAAGCAUGAUUUUUGCUUCAGAUUCUGGGUCACUGCCUUCUCCCCAUUUUAAGGAAUUUGUGGUGGGAAAGAGGGCUGGCCACCCCAGGUGAGAAGCUCUGGAAUCACACACACACACACACACACACACACACACACACACACAUACACACACACACACACACACACGGCAGCCCCUGGCUUCCAAGACUGGCAUCUCCAACUUCCCUGGUGGCAAAACCAGCACCAUAGGAGCAGGACCAUAAGUUUUGACACUUUUGACAAGACUCUCUUUCUGGACCACCUCCAAAAAUUGGAAGUGGAAGAGACCACACUUAGAAUGCUGUAUCCAGUUCUGAUCAACACAGUAGAAAAAAGAUGCUGAGACCCUAGAAAGAGUGCAGAGAAGAGCAAUAAAGAUGAUAAAGUUCUGGAGGUUAAACCAUACAAUGAACAACUGAGUGAACUAGGAAUGUCUCUUCUAACGAGAAGGAUUAGGGGUGAAAUGAUAGCAGUGUUCCAGUAUUUGAGGGGCCGCCCCAAGGAAGAGGAGGUUCGACCUAUUCUCCAAAACACCAGAAGGCAGGAGAAGAAGCAACGGAUGGAAACUAAUCAAGGAGAGAAGCAACCUGGAACUAAGGAGAAACUUCCUGACAGUGAGAACAGUUAACCAGUGGAAGGGA